AUGUCAAUUUGGAACCACCUUGUAUGUCGUAGCCGAAUGAUUCAUAAAAAGUGUCGUGUCACCGACGUUCCCUAUUUACGGAGCAAGAUUUAUCGAUGCAAAGUGCCUGAUGAGAAGUUAAGAUGGAGUGUACCAUUUCCUGAAUACAACCCACCAGACUACACUGAUCCGAAAGUGAUUGGCCGCGAAUGGGCAGAUCCAGAGCCAAAUAAAGGCAAUUUCAUGUGGAAUGCAGUUGAUGGGAAAGUUAACAGGAAGUCAUUCGUGUGUGACUACUCUUUCGAUUCGAUGUCCAGGCCAAUAAAUCCAAUCGGUCGAACUGGACUUCGUGGGCGAGGCGUACUUGGAAGGUGGGGGCCGAAUCACGCUGCUGAUCCUUUGGUCACCAGAGUCAAAGACGGUAAACUUCAAUUUGUCGCAAUAAGAAGAUCGGAUACAGGUGAAUGGGCCAUUCCCGGAGGCAUGGUGGACGCGGGAGAGGUAGUCUCCGAGACACUCAAACGUGAAUUUUCUGAAGAAACUUUGGGUGGUAAGGUACAUUCUGAACUGGACACGUUGUGGGAGAACGGGCGAGAGUUGUAUAGAGGUUACGUAGAUGACCCUCGAAACACGGAUAAUGCUUGGAUGGAGACAGUAUGUGUCAAUUUCCACGAUUCGACUGCUCUUUUCGAUAAAGUUGAACUCAAGGCUGGAAGCGACGCUGCGCAUGUCAGGUGGAUCACUGUUGAUUCCAACGAACCUCUGUAUGCCUCACACGAAGACUUCAUUGCUCUAUUGAAACGCCUCCAUAAUAUCUGA